AUGAGGAUACAUUUAAUCUUUGCAUUGAUUCCGUGCUUCUCGGCUUCUUAUUCAUUCGAAGAAGAAUUUGGAAAAUCAUCGGCUUCGAGUGAUUUAUUGAACCCAGAAUUCUUGAUGAAAGUUCCUGAAUCAGGAAGAAUUGAGUUCUUCAGUAUUGUGGACAAUGAUAGAUUAUCUCAAUUUGAGAAGAGUACACUACUCACUAUUUGGUCUCAAGAAUUCAAUGUAACUAAUGAACACUAUGAAUGGGCAGAAAAAGUAAAAGAACAGAAGGAAUUCGUCAUGCAGAAUGUUCGUGCUGUGGUAGCAAAUAUUUCAGAUGUCUACUCUCAACUUGAUUCGAUUCUUGUGAAUAUUACAAUACCACGUAGAGAUCAACACUCACAGAUUGCCCGACUCGUUCAAACUUUCCCCAGGAGAGUACUGAGCAACAAUGACUCAUCUCCUCUCGCUGAUUUCUUUGAGAAUGUGUCGAGAAAGGAUAAAACUUCAUUUUUAAAUAUUGUUUCAAACGACAACAUCUCCUAUUAUGAACAGAAUCGACAACUGACACUGUGGGCGGAUCAAUUCAAUAUCACAAACAAGUUACACAACUGGAACGAACAAGUUCAAGAACAGAAAGAUAUUGUGCUAGAUAAUGUGAAAGCAGUUGUUGCCAACAUCUCGAACGUUUUCUAUCAACUGGAGGAUAUUCUCGUCAACACUACUUUGACACGUCGUGCUCAACACAGUCAAAUCGAUAGACUAGCUGAAACGUUCCCGAGAGAAGUCCGAGCUCUAUUCUUCAUUGCUCGUCACUACCGUCCAGAAAACACUUCGCCAAUUUUCGGAAAAGAAGCAGGAAACGGAGAAACAUCACAGAACCAGAUGACACCAUUUGGAUUUCCUGCUUUCAAAACAGAAGAUUAG